CAACAAAAACACGCAAAGUGGUAUUCAAAAACAAAAAAAAAAAGAGUGAAUAUAAUAAAAGAAUAAAAGAACAUUCGUCGUCGUGCGCGUCACAACGCUACAAUUUGCACUUACAAAACGUACAUAAAUUAUCAGUAAAAAUAAACUGAUUGAAAAAAAUAAAAAUAAAAUACAAUAAUAAUAAUGGAAAAAUAUUCCAUAACAUAGAAUCUCAAAUAUAAUCUACGAAAAAUACCAAAAAAGUGAGACUUCGUUUUAAAUUCGGUUUAUUUGCGUUUGGCUUUGUGAUUAUCACACAAAUACGUACAAAUAUUUUUGUGUAUAUAGAUUUUUUACGAACAUGACACAUGUUGAAUUUUCGUUAUUUACUUUGAAAAUCAUAUGUAAAUAAAUAACCAAAAAUUUAACUAAAUAUUAUUCAAAUUUAUUCAUAUACAUUUUCCAAUCAAAUAGAGCGUUCCUACGCCUUUACCGCGAAUAUCUAAUUAUACUAUUUAUAUAUGUAUAUCUGUGCAGUUAAUCUAAAGACAUUCGAUGUGUGUUGAUAUAUGAUUACUCGUUGGAAAAAAUGUGUCUCAACAUUGUUUGCAUUUAAUUAAAAUCUUGUUGAAGUGCUAAUGGCGGCAUUACCAUGUUAUACAGAUAUUGCGCGCGAAGCCGGAAAUGAUGAACAUUUACAUAUAACAUCGGGAACAAUUUCACUUGAAUACAAACCAAUGCAACCAAACGCAACCGAUUUAGAUCAACAGAUAUUGGAGCUAAAAAAGAAGCAGGAAUUACAAAAACAAAUGCUUCUACAUACAUUUCAUGAACAGACAAAAGAGCUGGAAUUGCGGCACAAAAUGCAACUGGAGCAAAAGUAUCAGUAUGCGGUGCAUUCACAUGGCGCUUUCCAGGAACUACGAGAACAAAGACUAUCCACCGCCGCCGCCGCCGCCGCCGAGGAGCAACAACAGAGAGAGCGGCGUGAGCGUGAGCGUGAGGUAAUCAAGCGCAAGGAAAACUGCAGUGCCAAUGCCAGCCCUGAAGUGAAGCAAAUUUUAAAUAACUUUCUAAUUAACCGCAAACAGGCGGCCUCCUCCAAUGGCAUAACGACGACGUCACCUUACAGAAAUAGGGGUGUAGUGAAAAGUUCGUCCGGCGAAUCUCUGCCAGCCGGUUCUUUAACAAGUUCGCAUCCAUAUAAAAUUCCACAGCCGCCAUCAUCAUUUCUGAAAUAUGAAUCAGAUUUUCCACUGCGCAAAACAGCAUCCGAACCAAAUUUGCUGAAGUUGCGUCUAAAGCAAAGCGUCAUUGAACGCAAGCAGAGAAUCAGUGGUCCAUCUGUGUUACGUCGGCAUGAGCGCAUAUUGCAGCGAAGGCAGCAGAAGCAAAAUUCCGCUUUAACAAAUUGCAGCAGCACACCGGACUCGGGCCCUAACUCACCGCCGUCAUCCACUCUCUCCGCCGGUGUUGUGGGCAGCCGUGGUUCGCCGACCAGCGCACCAAUACAGGAGGAAAACGAGGAGAGUGGGCCAUAUCAGCCCGGUCAGCGUAGUAGUAUAACCGAUCUCUCGCUAUUCAGUUCACCAUCUAUGCCGAAUAUACCGCUAGGCGGUCCACAUUUGGCCAGUCAUGCACAAGCUCAAGCGAAUGCCGCUAACUACUCUAUGCUUGCUGCACUACGCCAACAUGUACCCACAAUAGCCGCUGCUCAAACAUACUACAGUCCAUUGGCGAUACCAUUCGCACGUCAUCAACCGCAUCCGCCACCGCCUGCGCCACCAACACAUAGCACAUCAAUAGCGCUCGCUGGCUCAGCUGGUGUUUUGCCACCCACACCAUCGCCGGUAGUGCGUUCGGCAUCGGCAACGUCCACCUCAUCGUCUCAGGCCUCGUUGGCCAGUGACGCAUUACCACCUAUAGCGCAUGCUGCUUCACAGCUUUUACCUGCCGGUAGCGCUGGCGGUCACAAUCACAAUGUUUUAGGCGCUAGCGCUGGUAAUAUACAUCCAGUCUCACCAAUGGUUGGUGUUUCACCCUCAAUGUAUGGUCAACCGAUAACCGAUGCUCAAGUAGCGCAUGCCCACCUGAAUAAGCAAGGACAUCGUCCGUUGGGUCGCACGCAAUCGGCACCGUUGCCGCUAGGUCAUCCAAUCUUAACUGGCACAGGGCAGAUUGGUGUUGGUCAAACGCACUAUGAGAACAGUGAUGCGGAGCAACAGGCACAUAUGUUGGUCACACAAAAGAUACGGCAAACAUUGAUCAAUCGAGGUAGCGCCAAUCGUGAACCGCAAUUGAAAGAGGAAGACGAUGCAGCCGAAGUAAUUGACUUGACGGACAAGAAGAGACCACCAAAGACCGUCAUAACUAGUAUUGUGCCCACGAGUACGUCACAAAAUCUGCCAGAGGCGACAAGUGCGCCACUAGGCGCUUGCAUGCCCAACACGCCGAGUAAGUUGCGUGAUCAGGAGUACCUGCAGCAGCAACGGGAACUGUUAUACCGACAAGCAAUGCAGAUGGACGAUGCAAUCGCUCGUAGUCUAAUGCGUCCUAUAUCACGUACGCUAUCUAGUCCGCUGGUGCAUAUGGGUCCAAAUGGCAUAAGUCAGUUACCAGAUACCGGUCAAUAUGCACCACCCAUUAUAACAUCAUCAUCAGCCGAUCAUAUACCGCCAGUUAAUCUCACAGUACCACACCGACGCCGCUUACUUGAGCACUCAUCGUCCGCAGCUGCAGCGUCUAGCGCAUUCUCUUCAUUACCUGCCAUACAGCCAGCACUUGCUGUAGCUGGUGCAACCUGUGGCAAACUCACUGCGGAUUUCUCUGCGCACAAAACAACCACUGGUCUCGCUUAUGAUAAUUUAAUGCAGAAGCAUGCGUGCACUUGUGGUGAUAACUCAGUACAUCCCGAACAUAGUGGUCGCUUACAAAGUAUAUGGGCCCGCCUGAUAGAAACAGAUCUCGCUAAGCGCUGUGACCGUUUGCGUUCACGUAAAGCUACAUUGGAAGAGUUGCAAACGGUACAUACCGAAGCACAUACAAUGCUAUUCGCUGCGAGCUCAUGCCAAUUGAAUCGACAAAAGCUGGAUAGUCCACCUGCACUCGGUUUUGUACGUCUCUCCUGUGGCGGUUAUGGUGUGGAUUUGGAUACCACCUGGAAUAAGGAUCACACUGCAGCUGCUGCACGCAUGGCUGCCGGUUGUGUCAUAGAUUUGGCGUUUAAAACAGCUAAGGGCGAUAUUAAAAACGGUUUUGCGGUAGUGCGACCACCUGGACAUCACGCAGAAGCGAACUUGGCAAUGGGUUUUUGUUUCUUCAACUCGAUUGCGAUUGCAGCGAAAUUGCUGCGUCAACGCAUACCAGAAAUAAAGCGUGUACUAAUUGUAGAUUGGGACGUGCAUCAUGGCAAUGGCACUCAACAAGCAUUCUAUGAAAGUCCUGAUGUGCUCUACUUAUCCAUACACCGGCAUGAUGAUGGUAACUUUUUCCCCGGCACUGGCGGCUCAACUGAGUGCGGUGUUGGUGCCGGCGCUGGUUUUAAUGUGAACAUCUCCUGGUCAGGUUCAUUGGAUCCACCACUCGGCGAUGCUGAGUAUAUUGCUGCAUUCCGUACGAUUGUGAUGCCAAUCGCAAAAUGUUUUAAUCCAGAUAUUAUAUUAGUGUCGGCUGGUUUCGACGCAGCUGCUGGUCACCCACCGCCUUUAGGCGGUUACUUAGUGUCGCCAGCAUGUUUUGGUUUUAUGACACGCGAACUUAUGCAAUUGGCUGAUGGUAAAGUUGUGUUGGCGCUCGAGGGUGGCUACGAUUUACCAGCCAUUUGUGAUUCUGCACAAGAAUGUGUACGUGCACUACUCGGUGAUCCAUUGUCUGCGAUUGCGGAAAGUGAACUGAAUAGGCAGCCAUGUCAGAAUGCGAUCGAUACACUGCAGAAAACGAUUGCAAUACAGUCCCAACAUUGGCCUUGUGUACGCCGUUUGGCACACACAGUCGGUUUAUCUGCGCUAGAUGCAUUAAAGAUUGAGCAUGAUGAAUCGGAAACUGUUACGGCUAUGGCAGGUCUCUCUAUGCAAUCGAUGAAUAGAAAUUUAUCGCGCGAUGACUCAGAAGAACCAAUGGAUCAAGAUGAAGCCAAAUAAUUUCGAAUAGUGAAAUUUCGAAUGAUUUUUGGAUUAACACUACCUUACAAAAGCAGUUGUAGUUUACGCUGCGAUUUGGCAAAAGAAAAAAUAUAUUAUAUAUAUAUAUAUAAGAAAUCCGUUAGUAAUUGAGACGGAUUUAUAGUGGAAAUUGGUUUUUCGAUGGACUAUGUACACAGCUACGCACCUGUAGCAAUCCUGCAUACUUGUCUGUGCAAUAAGUUGACGAAAGCACUGUGUGUUGCUAUGCACACCGCGCACUGAUUAUUAUUAUUCUUUUUUUUUUGUACAAACAUACAGUGUUUGUUGUUGUGCGCACCCACUCGGCCCACUAAAUGAGAUUAGAAAUCAGAAUAUUUUAGAAGCUAGAAUGAAUUUUUGUAACAGCUUUUAUGUGUAGCUGUCUGUUGUAUUUUGGGCGUUUGAAUGAUUAAAAAAAAAAUGGAGAUUUGUCUUUGUCUUUUGAAAUCAACGUGCAUACAAAUGUACAUAUAUAUAAUGCAAGGCGUUGGAGUGUUGUAAAAACGACUGUUUUUCCUGGCAUAAAUGUAUGUACAUUUGUAUGUAUGCAUGGGUUAGCAAAAAACGUAAUAAAACGUAUAUUAAAAUUACU